AUGGCCCCUCAGGAGAAGAAGUGGGAUGAUUCCGCCGAGCGCGACCUCUGCAUGUCCAUGAUUUACUGCAACGCAGAAAGCGGCAAGGUCCGUCAGAACUGGCCUCGCAUCGAAGAGGUCAUGAGAGGCCUUGGCUACACGUUCACCAAGGACGCAAUGUCCCAGCACUACUCCAAAACCAUCAUGAAGGACUUCAAGACUCGCCACCCUGAUAUCACUGCGACCAGUCUCCCUGAGACUCCUUCGCCUGCUAGUGCUCGCAAGGCCAAGGCUGCUGCUGCAAAAGCCGAUGGCGCCAGCACCCCUUCCAAGAAGCGAGCCAAGAAGUCUGCCGCCAUGGUCCCAAAGGAUGAAGACGGAGAUGACGAUACUGAGCUUGAUGCGACUCCGAGCAAGAGAGUCAAGAAGGAGGAAAAGGUGACUCCUGUUAAAAAAGAAGACAAGGCAGCUCCUGUCAAGGAUGAAGAAGAAGUUGCUGAUGCUACUACUGAGACGUAA